GAAUCCUCUUGGCCGCAUCACUCGUCGGACGCAUGUACGGAAAGGGGGGAGGCAGCAGAGCGACUGGACAGCGCGGCAAGUGGUCCAACUACGGCAGAUAUUGGACUAAUAUGAACACUGCGAAUGUCCGACUGCCGCGAUGCAGCAACAGAUUUCUGGUGCCACGAUGCAGUAUCCCGUGAUGGUCGGGGUGAAUCCACCACCCCCUGGUGUUGCUCCGACCGGAGCACCUCAACAAUUUGUGCAACCGGGGGUUGAGCUUCAAGCGGUGUCGGUGCAAAAUCCUGGCAUGGUGCUGUCUAUUCCGCCCGGGAAUCCGUUAGUUCCGAUAGCGGCAUAUCAAGUAUCGGCAAUGGCGCAGUGGGGUGUGCAACCGUGGUCGGGUAACCCGGCACCAAGUGGAGGGCAAUGGAGCGUUCCUUUUGCUCUGCAACCUCCUGCCCUACCUCCUCCUUCUACCGCUCCUCCGCCGCCUCCCCCACCUCCGUCGAAUGGGAACGGGCAGGGAGGAAGCCAUGGUGGCAAAGGGCAGUCCGCCAAUGUUUUCCCGGGGCCCGGGAACCGUGCGUACUUCACAAAGGAGUACAUGGAGAUCUUGAACGGCAUUAAGUCUGACAAGAUCAUCGAGGAAGCUAAGAAGAAGGCGUCAGGCCAGCGUCGUGGCAGUGGGCGCGCCGCUGAAAGCCUGGAGGAGAACAAUCGUACUGAUGUGCGUACCGAGCGAUUGGAUGAAGUUGAUUCCCGAGCUAAGCUAUCCAAUGCGGAGAGGGCUGAGCUUGAGCAAUUGCGAGAUGAGAAGGCCAAGGCCGAGAAGGGAGUUCAGGAGUCCAGUAGCGAGAAGUGGAAACGCGGGGGGGAGCGCACGCCUGCUAGUGUCACACCAAAGGAGAAUAUCGUGAGAUCGCGUACGCGAGGUGGGUCGAAAAGCCGAUUCAAGCGAAUUGAUAUCUCCGAUGAUGACGAAGGGGCACCUGCGGUGAAGCAGAAUUUGAGUGUAAAGAUGGAGAACAGUGAGCUAUCUGAUGUCAAGAAGCUACUUGAAGUACUGGUGCAGCAGAUCGUGGAUGUGAAAGGCAAGCAGCCGAUGGCCGAACCAGAGGUGGAGGAAGUUGGCACCUACGAAGACGUAGACGUUGUGCAAAAUCAGCAGAAUGCAGAGGAAGAGGAAGAGGAUGAAGGAGGGUUGGCCGCAUAUAUGAAGAUACGGCACGGAUACUACACAUCGCUGCACUAUACUAAGGUGCAAGAAAUGUGCAAAGCUAAAUCCAUCCAAUAUUUUUGUAAGGACAUGGGAGCCUGGGAGCUGGCGCGGCUCGACUUGCAGGAGUAUUCCGAUCAGCUUGCGGAUGGUGCCUCUGUCAGGAUUGUGAAUCUUCACAACGGAACCAGUCUCGCGCCGACGAGGCGGAUCCCGAACGUGGGGAAUGAUAAAUUGCUUCUCAAAGAUGCAAAAAGUACUAUUGAGCUAGGUGGAAGCUGGGUGAUCUCGUCUCUGAUUCGCACGCGGACUAAGAAUGAGACCAGGAAGGCUGAGCUCAUUGCGAUUCUCAAAAAUCCCUGGAAGCGAAGGGAUCUGUUCAAAAUGACAAUCGAAGAACUGAUAGAUCUGUACAAUGGUGUUAAGACCUUGAAUCAGCAGCGGGGAAGGCAGAUCGUUAGGGGCAUACUCACCAAUGUGUUUAAGAAGUGUUUUGGUAUUAACCCCCGUGCUAACAUUGUUGUAAAAAUUCCCUUCUGUACGACGAUUGACAAGUGCAAGGUUGAGUGUGCUCUUAAGACCUGCAUCAAGGAUCGUGUUGUUCCUCAUGCACUCACUGACGUGUUUGCGCGGAGAACAAGAACUGUCUGGCUGAAAGCCAAGUCAGUUGGUGAUCUCCAAGAUAAUUAUAAAUCCUUUGCACAGGCAGAUUCUGUUGGAUAUGCCUGUGAAGGAUUUAACUUGCCUAAAUUGAAUGGGCAUGUGGCGGUUAAAUUGAGCUGCAUUGAGGGGGUACACCCAUUCCUGCAUGACGCGAAAAAUGUGUCAUUCAUUGGUACGUUUACCGCUAAGGAAGCUCUCAACUAUGCUUGUAAUAUUGCGCUUGAUGUCGUCAGGCAGUGUGGUGCCCUUAAGGGUGACCUACGGAUUGAUUGGCAAGGCGUCUGUAAGCUUGGAGUAAAGAUGGAAGUCGGGUGUGUUUAUAGUGAGUAUGUGUGUGGUGUUAGGCAGACACUUGAUGGGCUUGUUAUGUCACCUCUGGAUCGUAACAUCAGUGAAAUGUGGGUUGAGUGUCUGGUGUUGUACCAACAAGGCCUCAGGCGGAUGUAUUUGGAGAACGAAUGCUACGAGGUCAUUUGCAAGGACCGCUGGGCGGUGCUCAGUGAAAUGCGGGAGCGAUACAAGGAAAUGCAGUUUAAGGCAUUGGAAAAAUGGGACAAGAGUGAGGGGCUCCAGCAUGCAUACAUCCUAACGAAGGAAAAUGAUAAAAAUAAGAAGCGCCAUAUUGUGCCGUCUUUUGACAGUCCAUUUCGUGCGGCAUCUGGUUUGUUGUCUGCCUCACUCAACUUUCUGAUUAAGCGAAUCAAGGUGCCCCAUUUCAACCUCAGAUCGAUAUCUCAUCUUAAGGAUGCUGUGAACAAGGUAAACAAGUGCGGCCAAGAUGGUUUGGACUUUGUGGUUCGAACCUAUGACAUCAAAGAAAUGUUUACACAGUUACCCGAUGACCACAUUAGUCGUGCGGUGGACUGGAUAGUUGGACUCUUCCAUGAUAACGGGAUCCGGUGGAUCCGCCUUAAUCUGAGAUCCAAAGCUGCCACGUUUGGCAAGUCGCACGGCGAAGCCGGGUGGAGAUCGCUGAGAUUGAGUAGGCUUUGUCUCCUUACUCAGUUUCAGCUGGAGAAUACCUUCUUCUUGGUGUCAGGAUCAAUUCAGAGACAAACGCGUGGCAUUCCCAUGGGCGGAAGGACCAGUCCACCGCUGGCUUGUGUCAUGUGUAUGUUCGCAGAGUACACAUAUCUGAGCUCGCUUGGCUCAGACAGCAGAUUGGUUAUGGGAAAAAGGUACGUUGAUGACCUUUUGAUUGUCUCAUUUUUUUAGCAAUCACGACAGGACCAGAGGGCUGAGGCCGAAUCCCGAAUUGGGCAAGCUCUUAAGCAUUAUCC